AUGAGGGCAGCCAACAUAACCGCCGCCAAGGGCUUUUGUCCCGGGCGGCCUUGCGCGCCGGGGGACGCCCGCUGCGCCGAGCCCGCCGGCGCCGAGGGCGCGAAUUUCAAGGCCUCCUUGGCGCUGGUCCCGCCGAGGCGGGGCGGGCCCACGACGGUGCGGCCCGCGCGGCCGCGUCGCCGACCGACGGCGUGCCCGGCAGGCAACGGAAGCGAGCCGCAGCCGCGCUUCGAGGUCGAGGACGCCAUCGACGACGGCGACGUCGGCGGCGUGCGCGAGGCCGUCUUCGCGUGCGGAAAGAUCGAGGGCCAGGCCCAGGAUGGGCAGGACUUCGACUGGAAGGCGCACUGGUGGCCGGUGUGCCAGGAGAACGACCUGGAUGAGGCCGUCCCAACGCCGUUCACGCUCCUUUCGGAGGAGAUCGUUAUCUGGAAAGACCAACAGGGCACGUGGCGCGUGAUGCGGGACCUCUGCCCGCACAGACUCGUCCCUCUCAGCGAGGGCCGCAUCAACGAAGACGGCCUCCUCGAGUGCGGGUACCACGGGUGGACUUUCUCGCCCGACGGCGCAUGCACCGCGAUCCCGCAGGCCGCGGACGCCGUCGCGAGCGUGGGCUGCGCGUGCCGGCGCUCCCACGUGCAGGUCUUCCAGAGCACUGUCGCGCAGGGGCUCCUGUGGGUCAAGCUGGCGCCCGCCGUCCCCGGCGUGCCGUGCGACACGUCGGACGUGCCUGUGCUGCCGGAGCUGGACGAGGAGGGCUGGGUGAUGACCACGCUGGUCCGGGACCUGCCGUACGACUACAGCACGCUGAUGGAGAACGUGAUGGACGUCAGCCACGUUCCGUGGACCCAUCACGGCACCGUCGGGGACAGGAAGGAUGCAUGCGUCGUGGACCUGCGGGUCGUGGAGAAGGGCCGAUGGGGUUUCAAAGGGUCGUGGGACAGCGGGCCGAUGCAGGGCGCGUACGGCCCGCAGAGCACGGCGUUCUACGCGCCAGGCCUGACCGUGCAGGCGCUCGACUGCCGGGCGCGCGGGUUCGCCGCGAAGACCGUCGUGUACGCCACGCCCAUGGCGCCGGGCCGCAGCCGCGUGGUCGUGCGCUUCCCCUUCUGGUUCGACUUCGCGCCGCUGCGGUGGAUCUUCCGCGCCGUGCCGGACGCCUGGCUGCACCCCGGCGCGAACGGCGUGCUCGAGGACGACCAGGUCUUCCUGCACAUCGGCGAGCGGCGGCUCUUCAGCAGUUCGGUGACGGAGCCGAGCAUCGCGCGCCUGUACUACAUGCCCUCCACGGCGGACGCCUACACCCUGGCGUACCGCGAGUGGCUCAGCACGGUCGGCAACGGCGGGCCCUUCCAGCGCCCGGACGCCUCGUACAUCGACCGCCUCGGCCCGGAGCUGUCUCGCAAGGACUUGAUGGACCGUUUCCACUCGCACACGAAACACUGCAAAUCGUGCCGCGGGGCGCACCAGCGGCUGGUGCGCGGGCAGGCCGUCGCGCACGGCGCGGCCACGGCGCUCGCCGCGGCUGCCGGGGCCAUCGUUGCGCUCGAGAAGGUGCCGUUCGCGGACGGUGCGCCCAACGGCGACGCGACGGCGAUGCAGAUCGGAGGCGCGGUGGUCUUGGCGGCGGCGGCGCUCGAGGCGGCCUCGUGGGCGUUCAAGUCGCUGCAGACGCAGUACGUCAGCGGCGCGUACCCGCCGCCGCGCAACAAGCAGGGCCUGCGGCUUGGCGCUCUUGCGGAGGGUGUUCCGGGGAUGUCGUCGAUGCCGGACGUGUUGGGGAUCUUCUUCGCGUGGUCCGUCGCGCUCGGGCUGUUCGAGAAGCAGCAGGGCGUGCAGCGCGAGGGCGAGGCGCGCCGCCCCGGCGACGGCGCGGCCCCCGCAGCGUCGACGGUGCUCCUGGUGUGCCUCCUCGCCCUGCUUGCGUUCGCGGGGACGCCCCGCGCCGGCAGCUGA